UCACGUUUCUAAUUGAUAAAUUCAUCAAAUAAUAAUAUUAACAUCAUUAUUAUUAUUAUCAUUACUAUUAUUAUUACUAUUAUUAUUGUUGUAAGACACGUAAUGUAUGUGACUUAUCAUUAAGUAUAUAAUUGUAAAUAUACAUUGAUAAGAGAUAUUUGUAAAAGAAAAAGAAAAAUAAUUGUGGGUGUGGGUGUUAACGUGUGAAAAAAAAAAUAUUUAUAUAUAAGAAGUUUUUGAGAUGCAAUCGACAACUUCGACGUUAGAUCUCGAUGGAUCUACGGGGAGGUCGUCUGGGUGCUGCGGUGAUGCUGAUCAUCAUCGCAAUGGUGAAGAUGAUGAAGAACGAUCCGAACGAUCGAGAUCGUGUCAAUUGUCUUUGUCGUUGGAAGAUCGUGAACUGUGGACCAGAUUUCAGACAAUUACUAAUGAAAUGAUUGUCACUAAAAAUGGAAGACGAAUGUUUCCAGUCGUAAAAGUUGUUGCGAGAGGUCUAGAACCCGCGGCAAUGUAUACUUUGCUUCUGGAAUUUGUACAGAUUGAUCCGCACAGAUGGAAAUAUGUCAAUGGUGAAUGGGUACCAGGUGGUAAAGCAGAAGUAGCACCACCAAAUCCUAUCUAUAUACAUCCAGAGAGUCCAAAUUUCGGUGCGCACUGGAUGAAAGAAGCAAUAUCAUUCGCUAAAGUUAAACUUACCAAUAAAUCUAAUGGUAACGGUCAGAUAAUGUUGAAUUCUUUGCAUAAAUAUGAGCCCCGAGUACAUUUAGUUCGCGUAGGUGCCGAAGAACAGCGGACUGUCCUAACAUACAGAUUUCCGGAAACUCAAUUCAUUGCUGUGACCGCGUAUCAAAACGAAGAGGUCACAGGACUAAAGAUAAAAUAUAAUCCCUUUGCAAAAGCAUUUCUGGACGCUAAAGAACGGCCGACUGAUCAGCAAACUUAUCCGCAAUAUACAAGCGCUUGGUUUCUUCCGCAACCGGCAAUGAGUUAUGAAUACGCUCCUCCGUCGGCAAUAGCAAUGACUCAAAGUCAAGUAUCUAAUUCAUCGUGUAAUCUGUCAAAUACCUGCACAGUAUCACCAGGAAGUCAUAAAAGUUCAUGUAGAACAUCACCUUAUACUAUUAGACAUAAAUAUCUUCAAGAAGAAGAAAAUGUCGAUCCAUAUGGUACAGUACCACUACUUCAUUCAGCGUACGUAACAAGUAACUGGUCACCACGAAGUCCAGAGCCGCUGCCAGCAUUAAAUCCAUCAUUACCACAAGAAUGGCCAGCAUCGCCGCUACCGUCACCAACUUCAUCGUCACCAGCACCUUACACUCACUUGUCACCACUUGGAAGACCUGGUAACUCCUCAACAGUACCAACAACUUGUACAUUUUACAUCCCCCAAGCUCCAUGCAACACAACUCAUGACCACGAAUCAUCAAACUGGCUACAUCCCGGGAUAUCCGACCAAGUGGCCCAGCAGCAGUCAUACUUGAACCUAAAUCUCCAUUUGCACCAUCAGUUACCUACUUACUCACCCCGUGGUACGACUCUCCAAGUGCUUCAGCAACCCAACGACAUCACGCAGCAUCCAGUCCAGGAGCACGGAUACGAUCAUCAUGGUUACCAUCAGUCUCCUGAUCAUACUCAUCCCGAUCAGACUCAUUUGCUCGAAUUACAUUCACAUAGUGAAGCAACGUCAACAGCGCCCACUGAUCAGUAUGACCCCAAGAGCCAGGGUCAGAAUCACAGUCACACUCUAGCUGUGUAUCAAGACAACCAAGAAAACGAGACACGAGUCGGCGAAGCGAGACGUUACAUUACCAGCGUUAUUGAUCAUCGUCAUUCUAUCGUUUCCACUCCGACUGCUGCUGCAACUGCUGUUGGUAAUCAAAGAGAUCCUAAUACUGGAGACAAUCAAACCUGGACUCCACUCACUCCGCCACCAGUUACACAAAACCCUAGUAUUUGACGGAAUAAUAAAUAUAAUACACUACAAUAUAUUGUUUUGUGUUUUUAAAUAAAAGUUUAAAUAAUCAAGUUGUAGAAAAUUUCAAUAUAUAUAAAUAAUUUUUGUUGUUCAAUAAUUAAUUAGAGUUAACUGA